AUGUGCGGUAUUCUGGGCUGCAUUCACCACCCGGACGCUCCGGCGUAUCGCAGCAAGAUGCUUAACAUGUCGCGCUGCAUCCGACACCGUGGUCCCGAUUGGUCGGGCUGCGUCGUGACCCAAGAAGAAGGCUCUAAAGGCUCGAUCCUCUGCCACGAGCGUCUCGCCAUCGUCGGCAUCUCGACCGGUGCUCAGCCACUCGUCUCCACCGACGGCAAGCUCGUCCUCGCCGUCAACGGUGAGAUUUACAACCACCGUCACCUCCGAAAGGGUCUCAAGGACCAGAGCGCCGAGUUCAAGACCGAGUCCGAUUGCGAGGUCAUCCUCCACCUCUACCGCGAGCACGGCACCGACUUCGUCAAGAUGCUCGACGGCAUGUUCUCCUUCAUCCUCCUUGACACGACCACCACACCGCACCGCGUCAUCGCCGCUCGUGAUCCCAUCGGUAUCACGACCCUCUACCAGGGCGCUUCGUACAAGUACCCGGGCGCCAUCUACUUCAGCUCGGAACUCAAGGCGAUCCACGAAGAGUGCGAUCGCAUUCGCUCCUUCCCGCCCGGUCACUUCUACGACUCGUCUCUCCCCGAGGGUCAGGAGACGGUGAGAUACUACACACCCAACUGGAUCGAGGGUGAUGCUGACGGAGCCGAGAUCCCGUCCACGCCCACGGACCUCAAGGCGAUCCGCGAGGCGCUCGAGAAGGCCGUUCGCAAGCGACUCAUGUCCGAAGUUCCCUACGGUGUGCUUCUGUCGGGUGGUCUCGACUCGUCUCUGAUCGCCGCGAUCGCCGCUCGCGAGACUGACAAAAUGGCUGACCUGCAACGCAAGCAGUGGGAAGAACGACAGGCCCGUCGUGCUCGGGGUCUCACCACUCCCGCCGUCGAGACCGAUGGCGCCAAGCUCCCCGUCGGACUCGACGAGGAUGCCGAGAACGAGGUCGAGAACCUGGCUGCCUGGCCCCGCCUUCACUCGUUCUCCAUCGGUCUGCCCGGCUCGCCCGAUCUGCUCGCAGCCCGCAAGGCCGCCCAGUUCCUCGGAACCGUUCACCACGAAUACACCUUCACCGUCCAGGAAGGCCUCGACGCCAUCGCGGACGUCAUCUUCCACCUUGAGACGUACGACGUCACCACGGUGCGCGCUUCGACGCCCAUGUACCUGCUUUCGCGCAAGAUCAAGGCGAUGGGCGUCAAGAUGGUGCUCUCCGGUGAAGGAUCGGAUGAGAUCUUUGGUGGAUACCUCUACUUCCAUGCUGCACCGGACAAGGUUGCGUUCCACCAGGAGCUCGUUCGACGUGUCAAGAACCUGCAUACCGCCGACUGCCUUCGUGCUAACAAGAGCACCAUGGCGUGGGGGCUCGAGGCGCGCGUUCCGUUCUUGGACAAGAAGUUCCUCGAUGUGGCCAUGAACACGGAUCCUAGCGAUAAGAUGUUCUCCAAGGGAUCGUUGCAGGAGGUGGACAGCGAUGGACGACCGAGGAUGGAGAAGUACAUCUUGCGCAAGGCAUUCGAUGUGAUCCCGGACGACAUUGAGGCUGGCGGCGACGGAAGUGGUAGCAAGCUCGCGCAGGGUGCGCCACGCAAGCCGUACCUGCCGGAAGACAUCCUCUGGCGUCAAAAGGAGCAGUUCUCGGACGGCGUCGGUUACUCCUGGAUCGACGGCAUCAAGGAUCAUGCCGAAAAGACCGUGUCGGACCAAAAGUUCCAGGAGCGCGCAAAGAGGUAUUCCCUCGACACGCCCGAUACCAAGGAGGCGUACAUGAUCCGCGAGAUCUUCGAGAGCUGGUUCCCCUCGGAUGCGGCCGCGAGCACCGCGGUGCGCUGGAUUCCCAGGGCCGAUUGGGGUUGCGCCGCUGAUCCUUCGGGUCGCGCGGUCAAGAUCCACGAGUCGGCUUACUCUGCUGACGAGUAA